AUAAAUGGAUAUCUUCCCAACACUAAUCCAUCUCCUUUUUUUUUCCUUCCACAGCGUUUGCUGCCAAUUGAUGGGGCAAAUGAUCUGUUUUUCCAACCACCCCCACUGACUCCUACCUCCAAAGUUUAUACUAUCAGACCAUAUUUUCCUAAAGAUGAGGCUUCCGUGUACAAGAUUUGCAGAGAAAUGUAUGAUGAUGGAGUGGGUUUGCCUUUUCAAAGUCAACCUGACCUUAUUGGAGACAAAUUAGUAGGAGGACUGCUUUCCCUCAGCCUGGAUUACUGUUUUGUCCUAGAAGAUGAAGAUGGUAUAUGUGGUUAUGCCUUGGGCACUGUAGAUGUGACCCCCUUCAUUAAAAAAUGUAAAAUUUCCUGGAUUCCAUUCAUGCAGGAGAAGUACACAAAGCCAAAUGGUGACAAAGAACUCUCAGAAGCUGAGAAAAUAAUGUUGAGUUUCCAUGAAGAACAGGAAGUGUUGCCAGAAACUUUCCUCGCCAACUUCCCUUCUCUGAUCAAGAUGGAUAUUCACAAAAAAGUAACUGACCCAAGUGUAGCCAAGAGUAUGAUGGCUUGCCUCCUGUCUUCACUGAAAGCUAAUGGCUCCCGGGGGGCUUUCUGUGAAGUGAGACCAGAUGAUAAAAGAAUUCUGGAAUUUUACAGCAAGUUAGGCUGUUUUGAAAUUGCAAAAAUGGAAGGAUUUCCAAAGGAUGUGGUUAUACUUGGUCGGAGCCUGUGACACUGUUGGCACCAUGAACUGUCCAAAACUCUUAACUCCACCUUGUGGUUGGUGGUUGGGGUCUUCAUACGGUUCUGCGUCUGGAGCAGCAACAUAUCAGUCCAUUUGAAUUGAAAACAAAGACAACUUUGUAAAACUCACCCAUCACACUUUCAGACUCCUGACUGGUUGGAAGAAGAUAGUAUACUGCUGCAAAUUCUGUAUGAAACAGACAUGUGGGGCCCUUCUUCUGGGUCUUAUGUCUUGUGUUAGGUGCUAAGACACCUUAGGUGGGCUUAUAGGGAGGAUCUUCAAUAAAUGUAGUCAGCACUAUUUUUCUGUAUCCAGUGUUGCAUUUCUCACCUAAGAGUAAUCAAAAUCACUUCUGGCAUCCUCUUUGGUUUAUUGAAUGAAAUGUCUCAUUCUUUGGAGACAUGCAGAGUUGAGAAAGAUUUUAGUGGGUUUCAGAGCCUUCAGGGUUGAUUUUCCAGGUGGGAUGGUUUGGCAUUAGUUUAAGAUGAAUAAAUGAUUUCAAUUUGGGGCAGUUUUUCUGCUUUUUGUAAAGCUAUGGCUGAUUGUCUCCUGUAGUAACCAUUGGUUCAGGCAUGUUGUACUUUGUAGGGACAAAAAUGUGCAGUUGUUUGUGUAAAAGCCUAAAACUGACAAACUUGUAAAUUUCUUUGUAUAUAAACUAGCUGUAACUUGACUAUCCUUUUGUUUAUUGUUUUUGGUAAUUUUUGUUUUUUUAAAAUGAAAAGGUGUUUAGGAUGGCACUUUGAAUUAGCAAAUCAAUGGAAGGUGAAUUUUCCUUCCCCCCACCCCAUAAUAAGUUUUAAAGUGCCUCCCACUUAGGGCUAGGCCAUAACCUUUUUGGGUACGAGAGCCUAAUUUCUUAGAUCUGUUGCAAAAUGCAGUCACUUCUGGAAAUCAGCAUGUGAAAUGUUCAUUUUGACAUCUGUCAAAUAGGGUAAGAAGACUGAAUGGUUUUUGCCCUUAGAUCAGUUGUCCUUUAAUCUCAAGACUUGUUACUACUGAUUUAAAUCAGUCUUUAAUAUUUGCAUGAUUUUAUCUAAUUUUUAAAAGAAUGAGCACACUUUAACCAAUGAUUUAUGGCUACCCCUGUUUUUCCUUUAAUCACAGGUUCUGAAAGCUUCAUGUAUUCUAAUUUAGAAUUGGUGUUUUUAAGGGUUCUGUGCAUGAGGCUGGCAGGUAAUCUCUGCAGGACUCAUUUUUUUCAUCAUGGCUGGCUGACUUUUCCAUAGAUUCAUAACAGUAUUUUUGUUAUCUUGCUUCCAGCAGUUUUGCAUCAGCUAUUUAACUUUCAGCUGAAUCGGGGGAGAGGGAGGGAUAAAGAAGGAAACUAGAAACAGAUUUGCCUUGGUAGAUCUCCACUAGUGUGGGCUUUGAGUGACUCUUAAAGCAUUGUAUGUAGUGGUAUCUAGUGACUUCCAGUGGAGGCCCAAGUGUGUGCCCUGUGGGUGAGGAGGAAGGAAGUCUCUUUGUUCUUAGGGUAGAACUCUUUUAACUGUAAUGUGUUGGCAAGCUGAAAACAAAUUUGCAUUUUUGAGGGCUGAGGUGAAGGUAAGAUCCCUACUAAAUAUUAAGACAGUUGAAUGUUAGUCUUCUCUUUGACAUCUCAAGCACUCAAGCAUUUUAUCUGGAGGAUUUUGGAGUUAUCCUCAUGGAAUCAGGAUUUUAAAACAAGUGCUUUUGGUUUUACCUUGGCUUUUAGUAAUCCCUUUGCCUGGCCUCUGGUCACACGUGCUAACUGUGCAAUAGAUAUCCAGGUCUAUACCUUCAUCACUAUAGGAUCAUAAAGUGCUAUGCUAUCUUCCAUGGUUAUGAAUAUUUAUUAAGGUUGGAAUGACAUUUCAUUGAUUGUUUAGAUCACAACUCAGUUCCUGUAGAAAACGAACUGUAAAACUAUCUGAAGACCAUGCAAGAGGCUAAAUAAAACUUGAAGUGAAUGUG